GCGUUUGCGUAACGUGAAAAUAUCACAACAAUAAUCAAUCUUCAAUCGUGGUGGAUGAUGAAUUGACGACGAUGAUGAUGAUGAUGAUGACGACGACGAUGGUGGUGGUGGUGGUGUGGCCCAAUCAAUCCCCACUCUUUCUUGGUCAACCAAAAUCCACCAAUAAUCCAACAUCCUAAGCUUUUCCAUUUCCCUAUCCAAUUCAAUUAUAUUCAAUUCAAAUCAAAUCUAACCCUAAUUUGAUUUUGCCCGUCAACUUCGCUCUCCUUGUUCUUUUUCACCUUCUAUAAAUACUGCUCUCAACGCACCCCAACUUCUCAUCGCAAUCUCCUCUGACUUUUCGCGAACCCAUCCUUUGAAAAAAAGAAAACGAUCAACUUCACCACCCCAAUGGCUCAGACAGUUGAGCUCAAGGUUGGCAUGUCGUGCCAAGGCUGCGUUGGAGCAGUCAAGAGGGUCCUCGGAAAAAUGGAAGGCGUUGAAUCGUUCGACAUAGAUAUGGAGAAGCAAAAGGUGACGGUGAAGGGGAAUGUCCAGCCGGAAGCUGUUCUGCAAACUGUUUCGAAGACAGGCAAAGCAACAUCGUUCUGGGAAGAAGCCAAGCCAAAGCCGGCUGCAGAAUCCGAGCCAAAGCCUGCAGCCGAGCCAAAGCCUGCUGCUGAAACAGCUGUGGAACCCCAAACAAAGCCUGCCGAAACUGUGGCAGCUGCUUGAGGUAUCAGUGUGGGGUUUGUUAAGAAACGUUGCUGAAAUCUGUAAUGGAGAAUAAUAAGGUCUAGUCCUGUGCUGGUCGAUUCUGCAUUUAAAUUGGUAUUUUUCUUCUGUUCUGUUGUUGAGCAAAUGAGAAGAUGAGGUGUUGUUGCUGUUGCUGUUAGGUUGAAUUGAAAUAUCACUACUCUGUCUCUAUUGUUUGUGUUGUUGAAUAUCUGCAAAGAAUCCCUGGA